AUGCCUGCCAAUAUGUACUCCUCGGUCAACAACCACCUUCGAGCGGGAGUGCUCCAGCCGCAUAUUGUCCAUGAAUUUCCUUUGGGAACAUGGGUAGAAAACCCGGUUGUCCGCUCGUCAACUCCCGGUUCGGUCCUUAUAAUGCUGCUAUCCUCUCCAGAAGUGUACAUGGUAUCGACCACCUCAUCCCUCACCCCCGUUCGAGUGGUGCGUGUUCCUCAUUAUCUCGGUCUUUUCGGCAAUGUUGAGAUGGGCCACGAUGUAUUCUAUGCCAUUACCGGUAAUUGGUCUGUCGACGCAUUGGAAAACGCUCCUGGCUGGUAUGAUUUGUGGAAGGUCGAUUUGAGGGGAGUGCCGGCGGAUGGAGAACCGGUGUCUGUUAAAAGGGAGAAGCUCGCGGAAGUCCUUUAA